AUCGAACCAAAUUUACUAUUUCAAAUUUUGUGUUAUAUAUUAUAUCCAGAGGGAUAGACCGGUCCAGGUUGCUACGAUGCGAUAUUUUUUUCGUGUAGCAUUGGCGUCCGAAUCAAAGACGAGAAAUGCGAAGAAAAACACUAGUAACGGGUCAUUUAGAAUCAAUCAUAUGGCAACCCAUUACCAUUUGCUGUUGACGGUGCAUUAAAAGACUGAUCUCUCGACACCAAUUGGCAGAUGACAGUAGAAAUUUCGUUCGGUGUGUUCACAUUUGUCACGUAAAAAGCACAAUGACAUCAAAAAAAAAUUGUAUUCUGCAUUUAUUGCACGGUAACAAGGAUCACGACGAGGUCCUUCUCCAACCAGUAACAUACUUACACAAAGCAGCGGGUGGGCACCCACGUGAAAAACUGACGCUUGCUAUGAACUAUUGGUUGAACGUUCCAAUGGAAAAGCUCGAGGCGAUUAGUGAUAUAAUGAAGAUAAUGCACUAUUCCAGUCUACUAGUAGAUGAUAUUCAAGACAACGCGACCUUACGUGGAGGAAUCGCAACUGCUCACACGAUCUUUGGUGUUGGUAAUACAAUUAACGCGUCUUUUUAUGCUUUAUUCAUGGCAAUCGAAAGAGUACUAGCUCUUAAUAAACCCGAGGCAAUUCAUGUGUUUGUAGAGGAAUUAUUACAACUGGCCAGAGGACAAGGAAUCGAGAUAUACUGGCGUGACAACUGCAUCUGUCCGUCUGAGGAUGAGUACAGACAUAUGGCUGUACAAAAACUCGGAGCUUUGUUCAAACUGGAUGCUAGACUCAAACAAAUGUUUUCAAAUUGCAAGCAAGACUUUUCCACGCUCACUGAACUUCUCGGACUUUAUUUUCAGAUCAGAGAUGACUACGGUAGUCUGUGCAUGCAAGAGUUUCAAGACCAGAAGGGCUUCGCCGAAGAUUUAACAGAAGGUAAAUUUAGUUUUCCUAUAAUCUACGCCAUCCAGAGUGGACCGGAGGGCAAAGAAAUUAUGAAUAUACUGUCUCAAAGGACGCGAAACCGAGAAACGAAGCAACGCGGCCUGUCACUCCUUCAAAAAUGUGGCGCAUUCACGUACACGAGAGGGGUCCUCGAGGACGUCAACAAAAAAAUUCGCGACGAGGUGGAGAGAUUGGGUGGAAAUCCGCUGUUAAUUGAACUGCUUGACGAAUCACUCGAUUGGCGAGAAUCUUAG